UUCUUCCGGCGGGCUGAGGGGUAGCUACGGACGGACGUUGAAGGACACAGCCUGCGGAAUUCGUGCUUUUUAGCGAGAUUGAAAUCAUGGCAGGUCCAGAAGCUGAUGCCCAAUUCCAGUUCACUGGUAUCAAAAAAUAUUUCAACUCUUAUACUCUCACAGGUAGAAUGAAUUGUGUAAUGGCUACAUAUGGAGGCAUUGCUUUGCUGAUUUUAUACUUCAAGUUAAGGUCCAAAAAAACUCCAGCUGUGGCCGAAACCGAGUGUGAUCACUGGCUGCUGGGGCCUUUUGAAGUUCCUGCUACAGCCAAGUUGCUCAUUGCCGGGCAUUUUCCAUUUCCUUCUGUUUCUUCCCCACCACUUUCAUCUGCUUAUCACUGUGAGAGCCCACGCUGA